CCCCGCCCUUCCUGAUGCUCCGUCCUCUGCAUCCGCCGCUGGGAUGGGACGCGGGGAUGCAGGGACCCAGGGAACAUGAGGAUGAAGGACAUGGGGAUGUUGGGAUGUAGGGGAAAGGAGUGUGGAGGUGUGGGGACUUGGAAUCAUGUGGAUAGGGGGACGGAGAGAUGCAAGGACAAGGGAAUGGGGGCCACGUGGACAUAGGGGUAUGUGGGACAUGAGGAGGGGGAAGUGGGAACACAGGGACUCGGGGGCAUGGGGAUAUGUGGGAUGUGGGAGGGUGAUGGGGACACAGGAACGGGGGAUGGGCAGAUAUGCAGACAGAAACAUGAGGACAAGGGGACAGGAGGACAGGCGGAUAUGGGGACACAAGAACAGCAAGACACAGGAACAGGAGAUGAAGAGAGGGACAGGGAGACAUGGGACACAGUGACAUAGAAACAGGGGGAUAUGGGAACAGGAAGACACAGAAAGCCCUGCAACCCUGCUGCUCACAGGGACAUGGGGAGCACUGUGCUGUCUGCUGUGUGGGGACAGGCAGAGCAAUGAUCCCAAAGAUCCUGUGGAGUGCUGGGAGCCCCAUUCUGUAUCAUAUGAAGAGUGUGCAGCUGCCAGCUUGGGUCGCCUGCCAUGGGGACACGUGUGUGGUGCUGUGCAGUGCCACAGCGCUCCUCAGUACCCCAUGUCCCCUAUGUCCCCACACCCUCCUGUCCCCAUCCCCCUUUAUUGCUCACUUAUCCUGCUGUCACUUUCAUCCCGUGCUCUGCCCCCACAGGGCUCCCCGCUGUCCCCUCAGUCCCUCCAUGGCACUUCGGCCAAGGUUUGGCAUUGUCCAUGCAUGAUGCUUUGUCUGGGACUGUGUCACCAAGCUGUCACUCCCCUCUGCUUCAGGAAGACACAGAGAGUUGAGAACAUGGAGUGGAGCCAACCAGCACCCAGCACUUGGUGGCAGGAAGGGGAUAGAGACAAAUCAGGCUCCUCAGCCCGAUCAACGCCAUUGAACCCAGUGCACGUCUGCUCCAGAUGUAUCUUUGCUGCCCUUGCAGCUGCGGUUUGCAAACCAUCCCGUUACGUAGUACCUGCUUCCUCCUCGGGGUGGCUGGAAAGCCCCAUCCUCAUAUGUCUCAGUGACAUCCGUGAGAUGGUCACGCUUGAAUGUCACAUUUUGCCAGUGUCCACGGUGGACAAGGACAGCGCAUGGACAAGAGGCAGAGGAGAAAGAGGAAGGACCUGGUGGACGUCCUGCUGUGGUAACGUGUGGCAGGGCCAGCCCUGCCUGUGACACUCGCGGGGACGCGGAUUUUGCAGAGGCCACCCGCAGAUAUGGCCCAGCUUGUGACAUCGCCUGGCUUUGCUGGCUUUGGUGUCACCCUCCUGCUCGGCUUGGCCACACAGCUGCCCCUGGCACACAGCAAAGGGCGGGCAUUUUGGCACCUGAACCCCCGUGAAGAAGCUGAGUGCCCGGACGCUUCUCUAGAAUCCUUCCUCAACAGCACCACGACCACCAUCCUCCUCCCCACCCUCUACUCUGUGGUGCUGCUCGUGGGGCUGCCUGCCAAUGUGCUGGCCUGCUGGGUCCUGGCCAAAAACUUCAGGAGGUGCUCCAGUAGCCUCUUCCUGCUCAACCUGGCCGCUGCUGAUCUCCUCUUCAUCCUUCUGCUGCCCUUCAAGAUCUCCUACCACCUCCUGGGCAACCACUGGCUCUUUGGGGACUACCUCUGCCGCACCAUGGUGGCCCUUUUCUAUGGGAACAUGUACACCUCCAUCCUCUUCCUCACCUGCAUUGGCGUGGAACGCUAUGUCUCUGUGGCCCACCCGUUCCUCUGGAAGGGCUCUACAGAGACGUGGGGCAGGGCAGGCGUCUGCGUGGCCAUCUGGCUGCUGGUGGUGUUGGGUGUGAGCCCGCUGCUGUUCUACCCACAGACAGAGCACAUCUCGAAGCUGAACAUCACGACGUGCCACGAUGUCCAAGGGAAAGACAAUUUUUUCCGGCACUAUUUCCUCUGCCUGGUGGGGCUGGGUUUCGGCGUGCCCUUUGUGCUCAUGAUCAUCUCCCAUGGCUGCAUCUUGGCUCGGCUGCUGGCCAAGCAGGAGAGCUAUGGGCACGUGGUGCGUGUCCUGGCUGUGGUCCUGCUGGCCUUCCUCCUCUGCUUCACCCCCAGCAACGUGCUGCUCUUCAUGCACUACCUGCAACAGGACACGGGCUGCAACAACAUCACUUACAGCUGGUAUGCCCUGGCCUUGGCUUUCAGUGCUUUUAACAACUGCUUCGAUCCCUUCCUCUAUUUCUACAUCUCCAAGGAUUUUCGGGGCUGGAUAUGGGAGGCUGGCUGCUGCCUCUGGGGGCUGGGGACAAAGGGGGAAUGGAAGAAGACAGCCUUGCCCCUGCGGUCCAGUGAGCAGAGCCAGCUGUAGGCAGGGCUGGGGACGCUGUGCCAUGUUCUCCAUGUGGAGAAGACCCUUUUGCAGUUCCAGCCCAGGGUUACCCCCAGCUGACCCUAUGCUGUUGAGAACAGCUCCAUAAGGGACAGAGUCACUUCUCCAAGGCCUCUGUUAUCCUCCUAUUGCUCCUAUUGCAGUCCCAUCCCUGUCUCUGCCAC